AAAACUCACCCUUGGCCUUCACACCAAAAAAACCAACACCCAAUACAAAGAAAACUUCCGGAAUCCCUUCUUCCUUCUACCCCCAUCUCUCUCUCUCCUUCUCUCUCACACACACUGAGAUAAAAUCUCUUCGUCUACACGGCGCAAUCAAAGCGGCUUCCUGGUGUUUUUCUCCCUCUACACUCUGUGAAACCAUCACGUACUAUAUACCUACAUGCUCUCUUUAUCGAUAUAUCUUCGUCGUUCUUAAAAAGCCAAUUGAAACUCUUCGCUUCCUUUCUUGUCUCACAUAUUGACGAAUUUGAAAUUCCCAUUCCCAAUCAAUCGCUUAAUCGAAGACAUACAAAAGAGCAGAGGCGGCGCCUUCGGGUUCUUUUGGGUUUUCCUUUAAUUCAAGCGGUUAAGGGUUAGUCAGUUUAAUUUUUGAUAAUUUGCGGCUGAUAUAUUACAAAUUUACAAUACCCUUGUCUUGAUUUUUUCGUACUCUGGUUGACGGACAAACCCUAGGGGUUUCAAUUUGUCUGGCUUGUUUGUGGAGUUUUGGGUUCUAGGGUUUGUUUAUUGGUAAUGGUGGUAGGCUAAUUCAUCAAGAGGGGUUAUAUUUUGUGCUUUCUGAUGAUAUAAAACGUUUCGUUUUGCUGGGGGUGGUUAUUGAGCCUCUUUAUUACAUGAAGGUCUUGUAAGUUUGUUUAAUCGCGAACCAUGCCUUCUGAACACUGAGAAGCGUUGUUGAUCUUUGUUCUUGAAUCGAAUUUGGAAGUGAACCACAGUAUAUACGAAGAGCGAGGGAGAUAAAGAGCCCUAUUUUACAGUUUAGUUGAUAGUUUUGGAUUCUUUUAUUGGAUGAUAGUGGUGGUAUUCAAGUCUUACAACAUUAGGUGGAAGCUGAUUAACUAGUUAAAUUGAGUAUCUUGAUUCAUUAGACAAAGCAAAAGGUGGGAGUAUUUGAGAAUUGAGAAUUAUCACCCUGAUGCAAUUUGGGACUUUUUUGUUCCUUUCUUAUGAUGUUUGUUACUAAUUAUGGAAAGAACUGAGCCAACAUUUGUACCCGAAUGGUUAAAGAGCAGUGGAGGCUUGAGCGCAUCUCACCAAUCAUCAUCAUCACACCCUGAUGAACAAGGGGUUUCAAAAUCAUCAAAAUCCUUGAGAAACAAGUCAUUAGAUAACGAAUUACAACGCGUAUCAGUUUCAGAUCGAACAACUUCUUCAUAUUUUCGCCGAUCUUCUAUUAGUAAUGGUUCGGCUCUUUCAAGAUCUUACAGUAGCUUUAAUCGAAACAAUCGCGAUAGAGAUAGGGAUAGAGAUUGGGAAAAAGAUAACAACAACAACAACAGGCAAAAAGACUAUUCUGACCCUUUAGCUAACAUACUGCCCACUAGGUUUGAAAAGGAAGGGUUAAGAAGGUCAUUUUCAGGUGUAUCUGGAAAACGUGGUGACUCAUGGCCUAGAAAAGUAGCAAGUGACUUGAGCAUUGCUAACAAAAGUAGCAAUGUAAAGACAUCAUUUGAGAGGGAUUUUCCUUCUCUUGGAACAGAUGAAAAACAAGUGGAUAAUGAUAUAGGAAGAGUACCUUCUCCUGGAUUGAGCUCUGCCAUUCAGAGCCUUCCAAUUGGGAAUCCGGCGGUGAUUGGCGGCGAUGGGUGGACCUCCGCCCUGGCUGAGGUGCCUGUGAUUGUUGGUAGUAAUGGGAACACUACUGCUGUUCAAGUUCAACCAUCUUCAGUUUCUGCAACUACAAGCAUGACAGGUGGCAGGAAUAUGGCAGAAACUUUGGCUCAUGGUCCUCCACGUAUUCAAACUGCUCCUCAGUUGAAUUCUGGAACUCAAAGGCUUGAAGAACUUGCUGUUAAGCAAUCCAGACAGUUGAUUCCCAUGACUCCAUCUUUGCCUAAAGCUUUGGCUGAUAAACCAAAACUGAAGGUCAACCAAUCACAAAUAGUCAACCAUCCACAUUCUCCUAGACAUGUAGUAUCAUCCAUGAAGCCUGAAGUUUCAAAAACAUCAAGUGUAGGAAAACUUCUUGUUCUAAAACCCUCACGUGAAAGAAACGGAAUCUCACCUACUACAAAAGAGAGUUUAAGCCCAACAGCUAGUAGUAGUGCCAAAUUACCAAACAGCCCUCUAGUUGUGGAAAAAAGACCCUCUUCACAAGCUCAAAGCCGAAGCAACUUCUUUAACCUUAUGAGGAAAAAAUCAAUGAGUAACAGCAACUCUUCUGGUGAGAAAUCCGGUGAACAGGUGGCGGAUCCUCCUCCACCACCACCACCACCACCACCACCACCACCUGAGGGUGGGUCUGAGUUGACUCAGGUGAAAGUCAAUGGUGAUGCUAUUGCUAAUGCUAAUGAUAAUGGGAAGCAUCAUGAUGUGAUUCUUUACUCUGAGGAAGAAGAGGCGAGGUUUUUAAGGUCUUUGGGUUGGGAUGAAACUGCUGAGGAUGAGGAGGAAGAAGGUCUUACUGAAGAGGAGAUUAGUUCUUUCUACAGAAACUACUUGAGUUUAAAGCCGGCCUCAAAAUUUUUGAAGGGGACAGAGGCGAAGGUAUUGAUGAGAGUGGGGGAGAUGGAGAUGGAGAUGGAGAUUUCAUCUGAUUCAAAGGUGGAUGCUUGACUUUGAUUUUUGG